AUGUGUCAACGUGAAGCGCGUGGCCCAGCUCUCAUCGUCUUCCUCUCAGCCAUUGCAACCUUACUCGGUGUCGUCCAGGGUCAACGGCAGGUUAUGUCCUUGCCCCUGGAGGAGGCCCCGCCGCAGCAGCGUCUGCCGCCGGAUUAUGUGAAGGGAGUGCUCAGCCUGAAGAGCAGUCUGCUGGCCAAUAAGCCCGCCUUGGGUUACGGCUCUAAUCAGCAGGUGGAGAACGGCAUUCGAUCCGGCGGGAGGUAUACACCCCAGCUGGAUGUGCAGCAGCAGCCGCAGAAUCCGCAGAGCCAGCAGCCCCUGCAGGAGAUUCAGGUUGAGCCCGUUGCCAAUCUGAGGCCAUCUGCUCAUCUAGCUCACCGACCCCCUAUUCACUCCCAGAUGCCGCCGGCCAAGUUGAGUCGCUAUAACCAGGAGUUUCCCGCAGCCCACCUGUUCCAGCCGCCCUUUGUGCCGCUGCCCAAAAAGCAGGAGUCGCAGGAUGCCCCGCCGACGGCCGAGCAACUGGAGUUGCUGCAACAGUUGUCCGAGUUUUUUGGCCAGCGGCAGCAGUGGCAACAACAGGUGCAACCGCAGGAGACCGUCAACUGUGCUCAGAUGGAUCAGAAUGAGGGCAAGGGACAGUGCGAAGCUGAAGUGACUACCGACUGUUGUGAUACCACGAGGGAACCCAAUAAAAAUGAGGACGAGGAUUCGGUUACUGUGGAUGUGAAGAACAAGGAACCGGAAGAGAGCACCACCACAGCCCAGCCGAAGCCUCCAGUGGCCCCGAAAACAAAACCAACCAAGCCAAGUGUCACCAAGACCACCACCCACAAACCCCUGACGACGCGUACUACCAAAUCAACUACCAGAAAACUGCCCUGCUGCACUAAGCCACGUAAUCAGGGCAUUGCAGAGGCGCCCAAUGUCAUUAGCUUUUCGCUAAAUAUCCAAAAUGAUAAUGCCGAGCAGGCAAAGUCCCUGCAACAGCUACCUCGAACUGGUCGACAUGUGAUUCAGCCCGAUUUACGCAUCAAUGCCAUCACAAACUUACUGAGAUAUCGCAGAAAAAUAGCUCAGGGUGCAGUUAGCACCUAUCCCAAACCCUUUUCCCCUUUAAAGGAUCAAGAAUUGCAGGAUCAAAAGAGUCGAAUGAAACGAAAAAGAGACAAGAUCCUGGACAAAAAGCAGCUACUUCAGGCUGAGCUUAAAAUUUGGCCCAUUAGCAUACGAUCGAAUUUGGUGGAACGCUUACACUGA